UCGCUUCGUUUUCCUUUGCUUGUGGUACAGGAUGCCAGUGUCGUGCUGGAAACGGGUUGAAUACUAAAAAAUAUAUUUUGGCUACAGCAGGAUCUACCCAGUGUUGUGUUAUAAGCUUACUGCUGCAGAAAAAAAAAAAAAAAAAAAAAAAAACCUUUCUUUAUUACAUGGGAUCCUACUCAUGGGACAUAAGCUGUUCUGCUAAUAUAUAAUAUACCAAAUAUAAGUCACAUUGUUCUUUUUUUUUUCUGGUCGGGGGUGUGUGUAUAACUAUUUCCUUACUAUUCUGAUUUACGUGGGAGGGGGAAAAAAAAUAAACAUAAUUUAAUCUUCUACAGACAAGACGUUGUCUAAGGUUAUUAUUAUUAUUAUUAUUAUUAUUAUUAUUAUUAUUAUUAUUAUUAUUAUUAUUAACACCGGGCAGCGGCUGUCAUAAAAAAUAUAUACGUAUAAAUAUAUAAUAUAUGACAAAUUUUAAUAAGAAGAAAAUCAUGCUAAAGGAAAUGAAUGACCCCACGCUUCGAAACGCUCUAUUAGGAAUGAUGCUGGCUGUUUUUACAAAAGGAAUUUGUGUGCAGAGUGCAGACUUCACCCCUCCUCCAGCACAAAAUAUCACAGUGUGCCAGGGAGAGAGCGCCAUCCUCAGAUGCGAUAUCGACAGUGAGGUGACUCACAAGGCCUGGCUGAACCGCUCCAAUAUUCUCUUCACGGGCAGUGACAAGUGGUCUCUUGACCCUCGCGUGACGAUCAUCAAUAACAACAAGAGCGAGUUCUCCAUCCAGAUCGAGAGAGUGACUGUCCACGAUGAAGGGCCCUACACCUGCAGCUACCAGGCCCGGAACGAGCCACGCACUGCCCAUGUUUACCUCAUCGUGCAAGUUCCUGCAAAGAUCGUCAAUAUCUCUGCGGACAUAUCAGUGAACGAAGGCAGCAACGUCAACCUCUUCUGUUUGGCUGUGGGCAGACCGGAACCAGCCGUAACAUGGAGACACUUGAAAUAUGGCUUUAUGAGUGAAGGAGAGUUCUUAGACAUCACAGAUAUUAAGAGACAACAGGCUGAGGAAUACGAGUGCAUCACAAACAAUGGGGUCUCCACCCCAGACACUAGAAAAGUCAAAGUCAUAGUCAACUACCCCCCUGUGAUCUCAGAUGCUAAGAAUAUGCCUGGCGAAGUGGGUAAGACUGCCAUCCUUCGAUGUGAGGCUAUGGCUGUUCCCACUGCCAGCUUUGAGUGGUACAAGGACGACAAAAGGCUGUUGGAACGCAGUCACGGUCUGAAAAUUCAGAACGAGAAAACUCGCUCUCUGCUUAUGUUCACCAAUGUCACAGCCCAGCACUUCGGAAACUACACCUGCUUCGCAGCCAAUAAGCUGGGCACUUCUAACUCAAGCAUGCUGCUCUUCAGACCUGGGGCAGUUGGAGGAGGGUCACCCUCGUCAGGGCAAGGCGCUCCCAUGAUGCUCUGGGUGCUUUGUUCGGCUCUGCUUCCCCUCUUCCUGAUGAAGAUCUAAGAGUGCUGGCUCGGACAGGAGAUCUUCUCCAUGAACCCCUCACUGUGAACAAAAUAUUAUGCAUCGCUUCCAAGAGCCAUUUCUCCAUCCUCAUUGUCAAAGUGUGUGUCUCUUCUCCCUCCCUGCCCUCGGAAUACAAAUAAUCAUUCUCCUCUUCACCAUCCGUUUGGGGAUCUCUGUAGCAAAACAGAACUUUGAUUAGCUCGGGUCUCUCAACUGCUUUACCAUGCACCCCAGGUUACUGAAAUCUUACCUAAAAAUCACAGACAUGGUUGGUACAAGUCUUAUAUCUCCUUGUAUAAAGAAUAUCAGACAGUUACCUUACGUUUCAACUUCCUUAGUUCUAUUUGUGACAGGUUCUCUUUAAGUUCCCAGCUGACUUUAGCCGAGAUUGGAGCUCAUUGCAAUAUCUGUGGAAACGUCACAGUUUUGCUGCUGUGCAAUACAGUCAAGAACAGACAGGUGGGAAGGUUUCUUUUCCCAAUCUUGCGCCAAUAAACCACAAACAUGGUGGAAGAAAUAAAUCUUGUUCAGAUCACACCAAUGAUGUCAUCUAUCCUUGGUUUUUCUAGCUUCUCCGUGGUUUGUUGAAUACAACCCCAUCAAAAGAGCUCUGCAUUGCGCAGCAAGUCCCACCAGUUCGUUUAUCUUUCUGUGUAUGACGGAGGGCUGGGGAUUUAAAAAAUGGUCCAAUCAGAAAAACAAAAUUCAAAAAAUUCAAAAAUGUUGACUCUAGCUUGAACAAUCAAAAUAGUUGGGUUUUUUUUUUUUAUGCAUGAUUGAACUGUACUGUAUAAAGCUACGGAUAUUAAAAUAUAGGGUAACUGAUCAAAUGUUGGUGCCACUGUAUAUUCGAAAAAGUGGUUUUAAUAAAUUAAAUGUACAAGGUUAUUUGAUUUAACUUUUUUUUUUU